ACACCUUAGCCGCCGACACCGUAACCGCCGACACCUUACUGCGAGCCCCAUUUAAGACGAAUUGUCCAUCGCUUAACCCUUGAUGAUUGUUUCCAUCGUGCUUUCCCAGUUGACCGGUUUCUUCUUCGAUGCUUUUCAAUUGUCUUGGCCGCAGUUCACCCUUCCGUCGGCUUAGCUAUCGUACAAGCAUCAGAAUGGCAUCUACCAUAGUGGGUAGAUCCGGUCGCGUGUACGUUCAAGGCGAGGUGCUGCAGCAUCAUCGUGAAGACCAGAAGCUGAGCAUUUUUAAAGCUGAGUCCGGGGAUGAGUCAUUUGUCCUUAAACGCGUAUCUAAGCCGUUCUACGACCAGUCCCUCCGCCUCGCAGCCGAGUUUGCAGGUUCCCGUCGCCUUCGAAUGCACGUCGAUUGCAACCAAGAGGAAUGCAUUCUAGUCUAUCCCUAUUUCAGAAGCACCCUACUUGCUUUGAUAAAGGAAGAUCCAGACUUUCCUCUGGCGGGACAGAAGACAAUAUUGCGACAUGUAGGAGAGGCCAUACAAGAACUCCAUGCCAAAGACUGGAUACACAUUGAUGUGAAGCCUGAUAACAUCCUGGUCAAUUGGACUUCCGAUAAAGAGGGUGAUAAAACAGUCACCAAUGUAGCCCUCGGCGAUUUUGACAUCGCUUUCAAGUUAGACAGUGGAGCCUCACUUCGGACCCCUUAUGCAAUCGGAAAUGUCAUGUGGCGAAGCCCAGAAGGACAGACGGGAAGCGGCGUGACAAAGGCGUCAGACGUGUAUUCGUUUGGAUUAGUGUGCAUAUAUGCGUCUGGGGGUGGGAGUUUCCUGCUCUUGAACAAUUACCAGGAGCUUUUAAAGCAUGGGAUAAAGCUGGAACAAGAGAUUAUAACUCGACACUUUACCUUCUUUGGGCCAGUGCCCGAAGGACUCCUUAAGCAGGUCAACGACGAGGAUUGGUGUAACGCUCUGAAAGGGGCGUCAGCAAUGGCUGAGGAGACAGUCAAGGAACAGCCUGAACUAAGAUUCGAGCAGUGGGGGGAGGGCCUGGGUCCCGCGGCACUGGACAUGAUAUCUGGAAUGACGAAUCUAGACCCGAUGGCUAGAUCUACCAUAGACCAAGUCUUGACCCAUCGAUGGUGGCAGGAGGAUGACUUGGAUAGCUGUUGAUAGCGGCUGCACUGCCAGGGUGCAUGCCGUUAUCAACUCGCUGCAGUGUCCGAGGCAUGAAACUAGUUUCAUUAUGUAUCCUGUUAUGGGGUUCGCAGGAACUCACUUGAGUUGAAUUCGAUUGAUAGCACGAUGUAAAUUAAGCAGCAUGUAGCAUGGUGUAUGGUAGCCGUAAGUCCUAAUCUCCACUAAUAUAUCAUGUAAUAGCCAAACCCGCAAGAGGU